AUGGAUAUACUCAACACGGCUGUUCAACAACAGCACACCAAUUUAACUUGCUGCGAAGAACUGGGACAAUCAUUGGGUCAAAGAGCAAAAGUGUUUUGGCCGACGACAGACGGCUAUUCACAAGCAAAAAGAAUAUGGAAUAGCAUGUUUGACAAUCAUAGUCCAGCACUUAUAGUUCAGCCAAUGGAAAAUGAGAAGUCUGAUUUAUUUUGGGCUUUGAGAGGUUGUGCUUCCAAUUUUGGUAUUGAAAGCUCAUCGAAUUGGGUUGUGCUAUCGAGGAAAUUAUGUGAAGCUGAAAAAGUGGCUGAACCACUAACAAAACUUGGAUUACCAGUACAAGAAUCUUGGGUGUGGAUAACUCAUGUACAAAAUCAAAAAUUAUUUGAUGAUAAAAGCUCGCAGCAUCGAAAAUAUUAUGCUAAAUCAGGGUCAAUUGAUUUCCAUGAUAUGACAAUUGAAUUUGUGAAUUCUGUUGUUGAUUCGGUAAACAAUUUAACUUCACCUUAUUCAGUCGUCCAAUUAGUUGCGAUUGGCGGUAUUAUGAAAGAAACAUCAGCUGAUGAAACUUCUUACUUUCAUUUGAGAAAACAAGAUUGGCUGGUUAAUGUAAUUACAUCGUGGUGUGAAGGCAAUGGGGAUGAACACAUAAAUUGGUGUAGAGAAACAUUCCAAAAACUACACGCAAAGUCAACAGCAGCCUAUUUAAAUUUAAUGAUGAUGGAUCCGCCCACUAACACUACUUAUAAGGAACAAUUGAAUGAUGCAUUUGGAUCAAAUCUGAAUAAAUUAAGAAUUAUUAAAAAGAAAUAUGAUUCGUUUAAUUUUUUUCAUCAUAAUCUAAAUCUGUUACCAGCCGAUGAUAAUAACGAUAAUUAA